AUGGCUCGUUUGAGGAAGAUGGAUGUCAUCAAUGUCACCACCUUUCCAGUGAUACCGGUGGAGGAGAGUCUGACAGUUCCUCAAGCUGUACGGAAUGCAAUGAAGGAAGCAGUGAGGAAGGAUUUAGAGGCCAACCCACCCACAUGCAUUAUUGGCUCCAUGGACCAGGUUAACCGAAGGAUCACUGAAGUAGAUCUGAUUCCCAACCCAUUGGCCAACAUCCUGGCAAUUGAGAGAUUUGAAAUGGAGAAGAAGGCUUUGAGAGAGAAAAGUCGCAGCAUCCCGGGAGACAGAGACAAGCCCCUCAAGAAUCAAAUAAAGUCCUGCAGCUGUUCAGAACAGGAGAACGCCAAAUCUUCCGUUUUAAAGAGAAAAACAGCAGAUAAAAAUCUGCUAGUGGAACUGUACCAGUAUCCUGAAUUUAACAAGUCUAGGCCAAAUGAACUUCCAAAUGGGGUGAAAUUCUGUGACAUAGUGAGCAAUGUGGUCCGGACUGAGAAGAACCCCCUCAGUGGCAAGUCUUUCUGUAUAGAUAAAGAAUUAGAGAAGUUUCUCUCUUCUCCCUACCCACGAGCCAUGUUGCUGGAUAGCUUUUGGUGGAUCUUCCAUGAAAGGUACCAGCCAAACAAGGAGCUCCAGAUCAAACUGUUUGACCGCAUAGCCAUAAACUACGCCCAUCUUCUAUUUAUUGGAGCCAGGUCCCACUAUGAAGAGGCACUCUUAAAAGUGAGCAUUAACCACUGUAUAUACCCUUGCCCGCAGAGCUAUAACAACUGGGACUACUCAGAACUGGAUUCAGAGAGAUUCCGGAGAGAAGAAUUAAUGUUACAGAGAAAAAAAAUGAUAAAGGGAAGAGAAUUUUCAUUAUACAUUCAUAAGAAAUUGCCCUCCCAGAAGUCAGUCCUCAGCAAGAAAUCCCAGGGCACUCAGCCACACCUGGCUGGGCAGUGGAUGAGGGAAGGCUGCCAGGAGAGGCGGGAAUGCACAAGGCGGCAGCAGCGGCGGCGCAGGGCCAUCUUCCUUGAAUGCCCCUCACUCCCUCUGCUACACGGCCUCUGUGCCUGCUCUCUGUCCCUCACCACGACCAUAGUCACUGUCAGCAGCUCAUCCAAGUUCAGAGCGGUCACACUGACCUCUUCCAUAAUUGAUAGAAGUUUUUCAUCUAAGAAUUCAGAGAGGAACACACGCAUGCAGAAGACUACCAAAGAACAUUACCGUCAAACAAUGCUGUUGAGGAGAGUUACUAAUCAAGUCAAAAGAAUAUCAGCAGCAAGACAACAUGACCCUUUGUUGCCAAAACCGUCUCACCCUGCCUGCAAGAGCCCUGAGAUGACUGAAAACUACUUCAACAUUUAUGGGAAGAGCCCGUUGGUUGUAUACUUCCUCUACAACUACUCCACUCUGUAUCGGCACGGCCAGGAUGUGCUGAUGGUCAGGAGGGAGAAGACCAAGACCAUCCCCGAGUCUAUCCCGACCUAUGCUGAGAUCAUCACCCAGGCCCAGAACAACAUGAAGAAGAGAAAGGACAACCUCUGCCAGUUGAACCGGAUUCACUGGAAUGAAUGGAGUUACUUUGACAAGUACCUAAAGGAGCAGCAAGACUGCUUCCUCAGGGAGGUGAAGAACAUCAAUCAAAAAGCAGCGGAGAAAAAGAAGGCGAACUACACUUUUAUCCCACCCUCAGCCUUAAAUAAUGAAUAUGUUGACAAAAAGUCCAGAGCAAGCCAACAGAGAGAGACAGAAUUUCUCUUAAGCCUCUCCUCAGAAUACUUCCUCUACCUCAGUGUCCCUGCCUCACCCCGGCGAGCCUCCCCGACUGCCCGAGCAGUUCAUAGCUCCCCGCCCCCUCGGCACAAACCACGCCCCUAG